GAUUAUCCCGAAGGUGGACGAGGGUGGUGGGUUGUAAUUGGCUGUGCAAUCAUUUCCGCUGGUACGCUUGGCUGUGAUGGACGUGAGUACAUGAUGCAGACUGAAAUAUGGGGCGUUUUUGAUAACGAAAUAACAAGGCUAUCAUGGGGGAUCUUCCAGGCUUGGCACAAGGAUAAUUUGUUUCCCGACGUCGACGAUGCUGUUCUAAGCUUUUUGGGAUCACUCCCCAGCAUACCAUUCAUCACCGGGGGAUGCGUUUGCUGUUUUGUUUCCAUGCUGGCCUCCACCUUCUGCAAGACAUUAUGGCAGUUCUUCCUUGGACAGGGUGUCCUGGCUGGCAUCGGCCUUGGUCUUAUUCUUCCAAUUGUCUUGUCGUAUCCUGCUCAAUGGUUUCGUCGAAGGCGAGGCUUAGCGACGGGAUUUGUCAUCGCAGGAUGUUCUCUUGCGGGCGGAGCAACUACUCUAGUGGCCGGACAGUUGCUCAACAGGCUGGCUCUGAAAUGGACGCUGAUAAUCUACGCAUGUCUCUAUGGAAUUCUCAUGGUCGCCGGUCUGUGCAUGUUGAAAAGCCGGGCACACCCUGGAUUGCUACUUCCUGAUCUUACUCGACCGCUUCGUCGGGUGAACAAGGCGCUGUUCACAGACCCUGUGUUUUGGAGUCUAUCCCUUGCCAUCAUGUUCGCGGUAUUCGGGUAUCUCCCUCCUCCGUUCUACAUGCAACAAUAUACAUGCUCAAUCAUCCCGGACGUAUCACCCGUAAUGGCUCUAGUACCAGCUGCCGUAAUGAACUUCGCUGCCGCCCUGGGACGGACACUAGUAGGACAUGUCGCUGAUAGAGUCGGAGCGUGUAAUGCGUUCAUCAUCGCAGUUGGUAUGGCAGGCGUUGUCCAGCUCUUGAUCUGGAAUUUCGCGUACAACUAUGCUACGAUCAUCGUCGCUUCCAUAUCUUUUGGUUUCUUUGGGGGAACCUUUUUGUCUCUUACUUCCGUCACGGCAACAACCCUUUAUGGAGUGAACAACUUAGCCACCCUCUCAGGCAUUCUAACACUAUUCAAUACACCCGGCAAUGCAGCCGGUGCACCCAUUGGUGGCGCUGUCCUCUCAGGAGCGAACAACAACUGGCACGCGUUGAUCUCCUAUAGCGGUGCAUCUCAGAUAGUGGGCGCUCUU